CUGAUAGCGAGUGAAGGGAAUUUCGUUUAUUAAAAGGAAAACAUAUUUAAGAACGAACUUAAAUAUAUAUUUGUAGCUGAGUUGUAGUAUCUACAUCAUGUCUCGAGCACAGGCUGAAAGUGUUAUUAAAAACAUCAUCCGUGACAUAGCAGAUCAGUGCAUGAGGAAAGGCCAAGCUGUGUCUGAAACCCUCACUGCCUUCAUGGUCAAAGCUGUGGUUUUGGACCCACAGAAUCUCUUUAACAUCGACCGAACACUGACCAAGCAGGAUGUGGAGAAACUGAUUGAGUUGUGUGUGAACAGACUGUUGGAUCAGAUGAGUCCAGCUUUGGACACCAUUAAAAUGCAGGUUCACUUCGAUAUGAAUUACACGUCUCGACGUGAGUUUGCGGAUGAGCACCAGAAGGUGGUGCAGAUGCGUCUCCUGCCCGUGUUUCGGGAAAUCACAGACAGCAGAGCCAAGAGCCGAGACGAGCUGGACGCUCUGUACCGCAGGAUAGUCACCUAUGUCAUUUUACGCUCCGGCCUUGGCUCGGCCUCCGACAUCACCAACGUACAAGAAGCCACAGCCGCCCUGCAGAGUGUGUUCCCCCCAUCAGAGCUGGCCGCCUUCCUGUCUCUCCUCGGACACGAUAAAGAGCUGCAGCUGAACGAACUCACCACGAUCGUCACCGGGAUUCGCCUCUACAACAAGGACAGCGGGAAGGGAGGAGAGAGCAUCGAGGACCUUCUUGCCGUCCUGAACAAGGCUCUUCCUGCUGCCAGCACGGAUAUAGAGCGUGAACUGGAAGAGACGCAACAUUUAGCCUGGAGCUACACCACUCUGCUGGAGAAUAUCUCUACACACAAAUUAAACAUGGACCUGCUCACACAGGCUCUGUACAACACACGCCAACACGAAGCUUUCCUCAAAUUAAUCCUAGCAGACGUGUUCACCUGCGCAAAGCAAGUGGAGGCUCAUCAGACUGACCUCAUUUUAAGGAUGAGGAUGCUGAAGAACACAGUUCACACCAAAACCGCCGUACCAACCUCCCAAGUGUUCCCUCAAUUCAUGGCAUUGGCCAAGCUGUGGGCGGGGCUUCAAGAUGAGGCGCUUCUGCUGAACAUGCUCAGGAACGUUGCGCUGAGCCUGAAGCCGUUCCUCUCGGCUCAGUCCCAGCUGCUGGAGAAAGAUCAGCUGGAUCAGAUGCUGGAGGGUGAGAGCGUCAGAUCUGAUGCUGAGAGAGCUGCUGAGAGCUCAGAGGAGCGAGUGGAUCCAAAGGAGAUAAUGGGCUCAGAGUGGAUUCUUCCUGAGACCACAGCUAACUUUGAGCAGCUCCCUUUACAGUACAGAGGUGUUUGUGGAUACACUCUGGUGGAGAAGAACGGCCUCCUGCUGCCAGGCAACCCAAACAUCGGCAUCCUGAAGCACAAGGAGAAAUACUACAGCUUCAGCUCCAAGCAGGCAGCGUAUCAGUUCGCCUUCAACCCAGACAAGUACAUCGAGCUGAUAGCAGAAAGAGCCAAGAGAUCUCCAGAGCUGAUCCAGCUCCUUGAGCUUCAUCAGCAGUUUGCCAGAGUGACUCCGUACUCUCAGAUGCAGUCAGGUGAAAGACUGCUGGUGAAACCCAUCAGUAAAAGCGAGAGCAGCACACAGACAGACACACACCUGCUAGAGAGCAACUUGGUCAGAUCUUAUGAGUGGAACGAGUGGGAGCUGAGACGAAAAGCCCUCAAACUGGCAAACCUGCGCAGUCAGGUAACUCGCUCCAUGCAGACCGACCUGAGCCACACGAGGAGACACAACGCCACCCAGACGUUCGCAAUGAAAGACUCCGCCAGCCAGACCAAGAGAGACGGAUCGAGUAACGUACCGAAACCUCAAAUCUACCUGGCUGUGCUGAGAAGAGGAGCAAGUCCAACCGCUCACAUGACCAAAAUCGAUAUAACUAGAGCCGUGAACGACUAACUAGUGUUUGUUUAUUCGAUACUUCUACUGUACAAAGGUAGCAUCGUAUGAACGUAUUGUAUAUACUGAGCUGUUGGACCCUGGAUGCUGAUUGGUCAGAAGGUGUAGAUUAAUUCUCUAGAACAGCAGUUCUGACAGUAGUGCAGGUUUAGAUCAGUGUAUUGGGUCUGAGAGAUUAUGGUUUCUAUAGUAACGGCUCAUCCACAUGGACUGCAGGACAGACGAGUUUACGCUUCUCGGAGGUUUUUCUCUUACAUGAAAGCAGGAUUUCCUUUCUGUCUUAUCGACUGUAAGAGAAAGGGGACGGUGAGGGGACGACUGUUAUUGUAACUGAGCGUAACAACAAGUGGAUGAAAAUGAUGACGUUCAAAAAUAAACUGAAAUUGGGAA